AUGGAAACGCCUGUACGACCACCAACCGUGCCCCAUGACUACCUGAAGAACCUCGAGAAGCUGGGCGCAGAUGCUGCGUCAUCGGACUACACGAUCGCCUGCUGUGGCAGCGAGUUCCAAGUCCACAAGCAGGUCGUGAGCUUGCACUCGGAGUACUUUGCGCGAGUCUUCAAGAGCCAGUACAAGGAGAGCAGCACCAACCGCAUUGACCUCGUCGAAGACCCAAAAGCUGCCGUCGAGAGCAUGGUCCAGUACUUCUACAAAUUCGACUACGCCACUGCACACAUCGAGACUGCUGACUCGAUCGACCCGGACGUCGUUCUCAACAACCUCACCUCUUCCGAUGCUACGCCCUGCCCCGACACCCAGCUGAGUUCGGACCUCCAGAGCCACGCCGACAUCUACACCCUCGCCGACAAGUACGACAUCCCCGGCCUCAAGACCCUCGCAAAGACCAAAUUCGAAUCUCUAGCCUGCCUCCUCGCCGCCUCCGCCGCAAGCCCAUCCGCCCAUCUCCUCGCCGACUUCCUGAAAGUUAUUCCCUUCGUCUACACGCACACAGCACCCAACGAAGAAGGUCUCCGCUCCUCCAUCGUCAAAGCCUGGCGUCAGGCGCCGGAGGCCAUCAGCGCCACGCUUGGCGACAAGCGGCUGCGCGAACUGGUGGAGAAGUUCCCAGAGCUUGGCCUGGAUCUUGUCAAGGGUCUUCUCACACAGGCCGACGUCAGGGCGCUGGCACGAGAGGACGAGGAUCGAGACGAGUACGAGGAGGAUCUCCGCGAGCGCCGGGCGGCACGGGAGGCUCGUAGAAAUGCACGGGCAGAGGCGAUUCGUUGA